GCGACCUCUAGCUGGAAACGUCACAACAGAACGCUCUGGUUAGUUAGCUAACGGUAGCGUUGUUAGGCAGCACUACGGAAACUGAUGUUGGUGGACCCGGCUAGUGAAAUCAGCGGAUGCUGACUUUAUACUGAACAUGGAUCGGUUGUCGUCAUGUUAUGUCGUAGUUGACAACUGGAUCGAUUUUAUAAAUUAACGCCGGCGUCAAGUGGACAACAUUAGCUUGUCUUUUGCUGUGGCUAAGUUAGUUAGCUAACUGUAGCACACACGCUAGCGUGACUAACGUUACGUCCACCGGAGAACAUUCUGACUCGUAGGAAGGAAGGAAGGGAGGAAAUUCAUAAGUAGGAUCACUGCGUGCUGCUGCUUAUGCAAAGCUAGCAUACUUUUUGGUCUCCCGAGUUCCUGCACUGUGACGCAUUUAGGAAAGGUGACUAUCUGUGCACCCUGUGUGACAUUUAACGCUAUUCGGUUAAUGCGAUUGCUGUUGGCAUAGCUAAAGUUAGCUGUCAACAACAACACUCCUCCUGGCUAGCGGUACAGCGAACGAGAGCUAGCACGCUAGCUAAUAACUUUUAAAGAAGUUGCGUGUCUGACUUAUUUAAGUUAACCGGCAAACCGGUGUUUUUAACUUGUCUCUGUCGAACUUUUUUCACUCUGAUACACUCCAGCAUUAUAGGGCGACAGGAAAACAAAGCAUGGCAUCGGAUGUGAUUGAGAGUGAAGCGGUGCUGAAGGGUGUAAGUGAUAUGAAUUUGAACAAUAGGAGCCCAGAUUGUGUCACACCCAGGAGGACUCACGAGGAGCUGGGAGACAGACAGGCGUCUACUCCCUCAUUUUCUGGAGUGUCGGGAGAAGGUGAUGAGGAGGAAUUAGACGAAUUAGAAAAUAGCACCGAUUCUACAGUGGAAAAUGGCGAAGAGGCAUUUCAAGAGAGUCUGACCCAAACAAGAGGUACGCCACAGGAAAGGACAACUCCAGACAAUGAGCAGGAACAGCCGGGAGCCAGAAGCUCUACCCCAGUGAGCCUCCCCCAGCCACGCUCACCACCUGGGCCCAUUGGAAGCCUGGAGCGCCAAGAGUCAGUCGCCACAACAGACGCUCGCCUGAGAAUGGAAGGAGUUGAACUGAAGGAAGAGUGGCAGGAUGAGGACUUUCCACGGCCCCUCCCGGAGGAAGAGGAGCUUGAAGACGAGCUUUUUGCAGGAACUUCUGAAGAGAUAGACCCUGGCUAUGCAAAGGACCACGGCAAGAAGGCAAAGAAGAAGCUCGCAGCUCCUGACAUCAGUCUUACACUCGACCGCAGUGAAGGCUCUCUUCUCUCUGAUGAGCUGGAUGAAAGUACAGAGCUGGACCUCGAUGACAUAGACACACCUUCAGACAAUAGCAAUGAGUUUGAAUGGGAAGACGAUCUCCCCAAGCCGAAAACCACAGAACUACUUCAGAAGGGGGUGGAGUCAGUGCAGGAGUACUCCGUCUCGGAGGAGCGGGAGGAGGGUCGACGCUGGAGGGUGUUCCGUAUCGGAGACCAGGAGCACAGAGUGGACAUGAAGGCCAUCGAACCUUACAAGAGGGUCAUCAGCCAUGGAGGCUACUAUGGAGACGGUUUGAAUGCCAUAAUUGUGUUCGCUGUGUGCUUUAUGCCUGAAAGCAAUCAACCAAAUUAUAAAUACAUCAUGGACAAUUUAUUCAAGUAUGUCAUUGGCACGCUGGAGCUUUUGGUUGCUGAGAACUAUAUGAUCGUGUAUUUGAAUGGGGCAACCUCUCGCAAAAAGAUGCCAACUGUUGGCUGGCUCAGAAAAUGUUAUCAGCAGAUUGAUAGGAGGUUACGGAAGAACUUGAAGUCUUUGAUAAUUGUCCAUCCCUCCUGGUUUAUUCGCACCCUGCUGGCUCUCACAAAACCUUUCAUAAGCACCAAAUUUAGUCAGAAAAUCAAGUAUGUGUUCAGCUUGACAGACCUUGCAGAGCUGGUUCCAAUGGAGUACGUGUCCAUACCAGAUUGUAUCAAACAGUAAGUAUGCUCCACUCAAACACAGAUUCCUUUCUACAGAUUUCAUCCAAUCCCUACCAUGGGACAUGGUACAAAAUAUAAUUAAACAGUACGUAAAACAAAAGUAACUCCUU